AGGACUCCUCCCCUGGACUGGCCCCCAACUUCCAUUCUCCUUAAAAAAAAAAUGGGAAAAAAGAAAACACCAGUAUUAUCCUGAAACCAUGAUUUUACUUCUCCUACCAUAAAGUAAGCUGUAUUAAAUGUUAAUUCUCACACUGACACGCCCAGUCAGAGCAUGCGGUGAAGUUCCUAUCAGUUAUUAUAACUUUAUCCAGCUUCUUCUUCUUCUUCUGUAGGAUGACAAGUACGUAACAGUGGAAUACAGCGGAGGAGGAGAGAGGGAAAAAAAAUGUCUCCCAAAGUGCCUGCAGGCCAAAGCAGGGGGGACUAUUCUGCAGUCCAAGUCGCCGUUCGAGUUCGUCCCCUGCUUCCCAAAGAGCUCCUGCACUGCCAUGAGAGCUGCAUCACCGUGGACCCGGAGCUGAACCGGGUCACCCUGGGCCACGAUCGACACUUUGUUUGCGACCACCUGUUUGAGGAGACCUGCUGUCAGGAGGAGGUUUACUCUGGAUCCGUCCAGCCGCUCAUAGAUGCGUUCUUUCAAGGUUUCAACGCCACUGUGUUUGCCUAUGGCCAGACUGGCUCAGGCAAGACUUACACUAUCGGAGAGGCUAAUAUUAGUUCUUUCCGAGAUGAGGAGCAGGGUAUCAUCCCUCGGGCUGUUGCUGAUGUUUUCAAGCUGCUCGAUGAAAACGACCUCACAGACUUCUCUGUACGGGUUUCCUAUUUGGAGGUCUACAAAGAGGAGUUCAAGGACUUACUGGAAGUGAAGACCGCCAGCAAGGACAUCCACAUCCGGGAGGAUAAAGGGAACAUUGUGUUGUGUGGCGUAAAGGAGAGCGAGGUGGAGGGUCUUGAUGAGGUGCUGAGCUUGCUAGAGACAGGAAACACAGCCCGACACACCGGAGCAACCCAGAUGAAUCCAAACUCCAGCAGGUCUCACACCAUUUUCACCUUGUACAUGGAUCAGCGUCGUGGGAGCUCUCGCCUUUAUGGGACCGCUGGUGGCUCUGGGCCACAGGUGCUGUCUUCCAAGUUCCACUUUGUAGACCUGGCCGGGUCAGAGCGGAUUCUCAGGACUGGUAACACUGGAGAGAGACUGAAAGAGAGUAUCCAAAUCAACAGCGGCCUUCUGGCUCUGGGAAACGUUAUCGGCGCCCUGGGGGACCCGAAAAGGAAAGGCUCUCAUAUACCGUACAGAGACUCAAAAAUCACAAGGAUACUAAAGGACUCCCUCGGAGGAAAUUCCAAAACGCUGAUGAUUGCCUGCAUCAGCCCAUCGUCCUCAGACUUUGACGAGAGUCUGAACACGCUGAACUACGCAACGAGGGCCAGAAACAUUCAAAACCGAGCCAUGGUCAACUGCAAGGGCGAACCGGAUCGCGUGGAAGGACUGGAGCAGCAAAUCAAGGCCCUCCGCAGGGCUCUGGAAAACCGCCAGCGCUCCGAGACGCGGAUCAUUGCUCACGCCGACCCAAACAGGAGACCUCGAGUUGGUGAAGCAGAGAUCAGCAGGCUCCAAGCACAAAGCGCUCACUACAGGACUUGCACGGACACUGCUUACAGGUUGCUGCGGGAGCUGCAGAGCGAGGGGGCUUUAACCACAGAGCAGAGCCUGAGGGCGAAGGAGUGGCUCUGCUCGGUGGAGGAGGAGCGAAGCGGGCUCACGACCGCCUCUGGACCAGACAGCGGCAUCGAGAACAGCUCCACCGAGGACAGUGUCGCGUUGAGAAGAGCCCGGCCUUCCACUAGGAGCCACGACAUUGAAGCCGUGGAGGAGAGCUGGUACGAUGAUCAUGAAAGCGAGAAAGAGGAGAGCGUUAUUUAUCUUCAGUCGGAAAUCCAACGGCUGGAGAAGGAAAACACUGAUUUCUUAGCAGCCCUGGAGGACGCUAUGGAGCAAUACAAGCAGCAGAGUGACAAGCUGCAGGAGCAGCAGGACCUGAUAACAGAGCUGCAGUACCAGCUGUCCACGCUCGGACUGACGGGACUUGGGCUUAACUUGAGAUCGAGGCCUCAUACGGCCCCCAUGGGCUCCGUGCAGCAGGGUCAGAAUGGAACCACGUGUAGACAGGUCAGCUUGAUGGGUCAAGUUGGACAGGGUCCUGAUCUGGAUGGGAGACUUUAUGAGGACCAUAACAUCCCAGGAGGAGCGGACACCCAUUUCAGGGAAAAAGAGGCUCGUCCUUCCAGCAUCGGCCAGGAGAAAUGCAGGCCAGUGAACCUGACCUGGACCAAGCGAGAGUUGCUCUCAGGAGGACUAACUGCUUGCAAAGCUCCAUCUUCUCAAGCUGAGCCCGAUCAGCACCCCUGCUUAGCCAGAAAAGCAUCUAAUUCCAGCAGCGGAGAAAGUCUAAGAAGCUUUGAGGGCAUAUCAGAGUGUGGACUUCUUCAGGCACAGCAGAAGAUCAGGGAGCUGUCCAUCACCAUCCGCAUGAAGGAAGAGCUCAUCAAGGAGCUGGUCAAAACAGGUAAGGAUGCUCAGGCCCUGAAUAAGCAGUACAGCCAUAAGAUCUCAGCUCUGGAAAGUGAAGCUGUUCAGGCCCGUCAGGAGCUGCAGGAGGCUCAAAGACAGCUGCAGGACCUGGAGAAACAAGAGAGAGAGAUAAGCUCAACAGACAAGAGCAGAGCACAGGAAUGUCGCAGGAAGAUAGCUGCCGCUCAGAGCCGAGUUCAGGUGCUCAGUCAGCGACAGAGGGACACGGCUCGCCUGGCCAACCUUCCUGCCCAGAGUGAGCGGCAUGUGUUGGAGCUGGAGAGAAGCGUUCAGUCCAUGAAGCAGCAGCAGGAGCAGCUGCAGAAACGCCUGCGCGAGGAGAGUCAACAGAAACGCCGGCUGGAGAACGAAAUGCAGCGAAGGACUCACAGAGUCAAGGAACUUGAGAUAAAGAAUGAGCAGCAGCAGAAGAUCCUGAAGAUAAAGACGGAGGAGAUUGCAGCUUUCCAGAGACAGAGGCGCAGUGGAAGUAAUGGAUCUGUCAUUUCAUUGGAAGAGCAACAGAAGAUUGAGGAACAGAAGCGCUGGUUGGAUGAGGAAAUGGAGCGUGUCCUGGAUCAGAGGAGAGCCCUGGAGGAUCUGGAAGGAGAGCUGACGAAACGAGAGCAGAUCCUGGCCAAGAAAGAAGCCUUGCUGCAGGAGCGCAGCGGCCUGGAGACCAAGAGGCUCCGCUCCAGUCAGGCCUUGAGUAAAGAUUUGGUGACGCUCACUGGGCGCAUCGAGACGCUGGAGCAAGAGCUCAGUGAGCGGAACGGACUCCUUCGCAGCGGCAGCGCUCAAGACUCCCAACAGAUCCGACAGGAGAUCUCCAACCUGCGGCACGAGAAAGAUUCGCUGCUCAAACAGCGCGUGGAGCUGGAUGACAAACUGCGGAAGGGAAACGUGCUCUCACCUGAGGAGGAGCGGACCCUUUUCCAGCUGGACGAGGCAAUCGAGGCGCUGGAUGCAGCUAUUGAGUACAAGAAUGAGGCCAUCACUCAGAGGCAGAGACAACUGAGGGCUUCUGCCAGUAUGCUCUCCCAGUGGGAAAUGAACCUCAUGGCCAAGCUCAGCUAUCUGUCUGCCUCUGAGACCAGAGCUCUGCUGUGCAAGUACUUCGACAAGGUGGUGUCUCUGCGUGAAGAGGAACGAAAGCUACAGCUGGCACUGGCCGAGCUGGAGAUGCAGCUGGAUGAGCAGCAGAGGUUGGUGCAGUGGCUGGAAAACGCCCUGGACCGUGCACAGUUCGACACAGAUCGGCGUCUCACUCAGCAGCAGAAGGAACACGAGAGGAGCGUGCAGCUGCUGCUGCAGCAGUGUCGAGAGCAAAUGGACGAGGGCCUGGCAGGACGGCAGCGGCAGUACGAGGGACAGAUCCAUAAUCUUAUCAAGGAGCUCAACCACUACAGGACAACAAAUCUGGAGCUGAGCAACAAACUGCGGGAGCUCUGUGGUUCAGUCGGUCAGCCUAAAGAACCUCCCAAAGCGUUCACCUCUGAUGGCAAACCUGCGUACCCGGGCAGCCGAGGCCCUGAGGACGGUUUUUUAGGCAGAGGGACAGGACACGCCGACAAACCUACCAGGUCCAGGGAGGAAAUGAGGGAACUGGUGAACACCCCUCUUCCGUCUACGUGGAGGCGCUCGUCUCUUCCAUCGGAGGAACCUGCGGUCAUGGAAGAGCUGUGGGUUCAAACAGCUGGGGACUCUCCUGUUAACCGUGUAGUUCAGGCGGGGAUGGGGUCCUGGGGUGUGCAGCCCUCCCUGCCUGCCGUUAAAUCCCGCAGAGAGUCUCGUCGCUCCAGCCUCAACUUCGCACAGCAACCCUCAAACCACGUAUUAAUUGACGUACGGAAGAAUCCUGUAUGAGUCCAAAUGAAUCCACAAGGUUUCUUGUGGGGAAAGAAUGUUGUUGAAUUUGUCUUUAUGGAAUUUUGUAUUAAGUUUUUACGUAAAGGAAGUCCCACUGAUUUUUUUGCCAAGCACUUUUUCUAAAAAAUAAAUAAAUAAAGUUCUCAUGCUGAUACUAAGUCUCUGUACUGACCAUGUUUAUAGUUUUCUGACUUUCUUGUAAACUUUGUAGUAUUUUUUUUCAUAAACAUUUUUUACUGAACA